AUGGCAACUGAAGCUGCAGACUCUUCCAACGUCAACAAUAACCAAGGCCAUGGCACCACUGGAAAUAGAACCGAUAUCCCAAUCCAAAAGGGUCCAGCAUCAUCUGAAAUAACUGAGGAACUCCCAGGAGAUCGACAUGGGACAAGGCAAAACCUUAUCGUGGAUAUACCUCCAAUAUCUCACGAGGAUCCAAAGGAAGAUUAUGUGAGGAUAAACAUGCCUCUAACUCCACCUCCAAGAAAAGUGAUUUUUUCCCCUUGUCCAAGUCCUGUUUUCCCGAGAAGCAAAGAAUCCCCUGGUCCCUCCACAUCAAAAAAUAGAUCAAAUAUUAAAACCUUUCUUCCCAAACUCAGUUUUAAAUUCCGCAACACAAGUUUGGAGAUUGAAAAGGCUGCUUUCCUAGCACUUGAAGGAUCAGCAACAGUGGCGCCAAAAAAGCCUUUUCUUUCAAGGACAUUAUCUCUUGUCACACCUAGAGGGAAGAAAACAUCAUCCUUACCUGUAACCCCAAUUGCUCAUUCAAAUCCUGGGUCUGUACAUGGCGGGAACAUGGUUUAUGCAGAAACAGUAGAGAAUGAACCGCAAUUACCAAUUCAUCGAUCCCGUUCAGUACCUGUGCUUAACAAAGAAGGUAACUCACCCGCACGUGGCAUGUUUCGUAUAGUUCUAACCACACCACGUUUGGAUGAUAAAAUUACCACAACACCUAUGACGUCUCCAAUUCAUGACACUGUUAAAAAUGAGGAUGACGGUGAAGAUAUUCCUGAAGAAGAAGCUGUUUGUAGAAUUUGUAUGGUUGAACUUGGAGAAGGUGCUGAUACUUUUAAAUUGGAGUGUAGCUGCAAAGGUGAGCUUUCAUUGGCACACAAAGAAUGUGCAGUCAAAUGGUUUACCAUUAAAGGUAAUAGAACAUGUGAUGUGUGCAAGCAAGAUGUUCAGAAUCUUCCUGUCACUCUUUUACGAGUUCAAAAUGGUCAGGGUCAUAACAUACUGGGGGCUGAUGCUUCUCAUUACCGGGUUUGGCAGGACGCUCCCAUUCUUGUUGUGAUCAACAUGCUGGCUUACUUUUGUUUUCUUGAGCAGCUUCUUGUGUCUAAUAUGGGAUCUGGUGCCAUUGCCAUGUCUCUCCCAUUUUCUUGUAUAUUGGGUCUUCUUGCAAGCAUGACAGCUACAACAAUGGUGAGGAGAAAUCAUGUUUGGAUUUAUGCAACUGUUCAGUUUUUUCUGGUGGUUCUUUCUGGACAUCUUUUCUUUUCAUUGGUUCAUAUGCAAGCUGUUCUAGCUAUCCUGUUAGCUACAUUUACUGGGUUUGGAGUUGUGAUGUGUGGAGCUUCUAUUCUUAUGGAGAUUCUAAAGUGGAGGGGGAGAUCACUUGCUCAGUCAAAUCAACAGCAAGGAUCCCUAGAGGCAGUGCCACCUGAUCAAUCAGCUACAGUUGAUCAUCAAGCUCAAACUGCUUCUGAACAAACAGAAAGCAAUUUGGGAGAGUCUCCUGCACAGAGGAGUUAA